CAAACAUUCCUACUGACUAUUUUCUCACACUGAGCCAGGAAAGUUUUUCUUAUUCUUAUUCCGUUUAAGGAAACAUAUUAUUGCGGUGUUUCACCUUGAUUCACAUUAUAUUUCCAACUAACUGACACAGACGAUCAUUCACAGCAGUAACACACAAUGUUAGAGAUAUUCUGCUAACACUGAAAUAGAACAUUUUACAAAACCAAAUGUGUAUGAAUUAAUAGACUAAUAUAAAGAUUGCAAGGUGCACCAACAAAAUGUGAAACUGGCUGAAUGCAAAAAUCUAAAUUUAGGACAGUCAUAAAUAAACAAAAAGUGGCCCUUUAGAUUUCAUAUUUAACGACAAAACCAAAACAAUUCUGAUUCAAUGUGCUUUGAAUGGAACAUUUGUGUUACCGUUUAUGCUUAUUUAAGUAUAUUAUUGUAAAUGGGUUGAGCAGAAGGAAAUCUGUAAAAUACAGGACAUGAAAAUGUCUCAAAAUAUCCAAGCUUACUGUAGUGUUUUUGAAACAUUUGUUUGUUAUUAAUGAUUAAAAAAGAUUAGAACGUUUAGAAAUAAGCUCAAAAUGCACACCUGACAUACUGCCCAGAGACCAUUUAUUCAUAAAAACAACAGGCAUCUGUCAAAGAAAAAAUCACAAAGCAUUUCAGACAUUGUUGUAUUCACAGACUUUCACAACAUUGCAAUUAAUCCACAUAGUUGUCUUGUGCUAUGGAGAGCCCAAAUGACCUGUCCACAAAGUUCUCCUUCAUCCUUGCCUGAGCUGAUAGUUUGUUACUGACCUGCCUCUAAUGUUGGUCAUGGCAGUACUGCUGGAGGCACCGGUUGAAACUGCAUCUACUGUGUCCAUGUUUCCACAGACAGAACAUGGACGGGUGAGAAAGUAGAAGUUUGACUGCGCUGCUGUGGACUCUGUGCCCUGACAGUGUCCAUGUUGGUGCGGGAGCUUGAGGCCUGCUUCCUUACAUCCCUGCUCUGGCUUUGUUGAUCCUAUUGUCUUUUGUGUCACCCACACGUCGCCCGGCAAAUAAAGGCCGUCUGGCUCCAAGCUUAAAUAGUGCAGCAAACUAAAAACCAACCAUCAGACCCGAUUCAUUCACAUCUGCUCAGUGGGGCGACAAGGACAGGGCUUUAGGUGGGAAAGAGGGCAGAAAAAAGUUCAUUUUCCCCUGCCGGGUGCCAAGAGAACGGGACAGGACUCAACUUUGCUGGAGCCGCAGCUGUGAGCUACGGACCGAUCAUGGGUGACUGGAGCUUUCUGGGUAAUAUUUUAGAGGAAGUUAACGAGCACUCUACGGUGAUCGGCCGGGUGUGGCUCACGGUGCUCUUCAUCUUCCGCAUCCUCAUCCUGGGCACGGCGGCCGAGUUCGUGUGGGGCGACGAGCAGUCCGACUACGUCUGCAACACGCAGCAGCCUGGCUGUGAGAACGUGUGCUACGACGAGGCCUUCCCCAUCUCCCACAUCCGCCUGUGGGUGCUGCAGAUCAUCUUCGUGUCCACGCCGUCUCUGGUGUACGUGGGCCAUGCCGUGCACCACGUGCACAUGGAGGAGAAGCGCAAAGAGCGCGAGGAGGCCGAGCUCAGCCGGCAGCAGGAACUGAGCGAGGAGCGUCUGCCUCUGGCACCUGACCAGGGAAGUGUCCGUACAACUAAGGAGACCAGCACCAAAGGAAGCAAGAAGUUUCGCUUGGAAGGCACCCUGCUGAGGACCUACAUUUGCCACAUCAUCUUCAAGACACUAUUUGAAGUAGGUUUUGUAGUAGGCCAGUACUUUCUUUAUGGUUUCCGCAUCCUGCCACUGUACAAAUGCAGCCGCUGGCCCUGCCCCAACACUGUGGACUGCUUUGUGUCUCGCCCAACGGAGAAGACUGUCUUUAUCAUCUUCAUGUUGGCAGUGGCCUGUGUCUCUCUCUUCCUCAACUUUGUGGAGAUAAGCCACUUGGGUCUGAAGAAAAUUCGCUUUGUCUUUCGUAAGCCAGCCCCAGCUCCAGCCCAAGGUGAGGGUGCGGCCCCACUGCCGCCACAAGGAAAAGGUCUGUCCUCCUUGGCUGUUCCUGCUUUGCAGAGAGCAAAAGGCUACAAGUUGCUAGAGGAGGAAAAAGUUCCACCUGUAACUCACCUCUAUCCUCUGGCUGAGGUUGGCAUGGAGGCUGGCAGAGGGACCCCACCCUUCCAGGCGCUGGAGGAGAAGGUUGAGGAGAUGCUGCCCAUGGAGGACAUCUCUAAGGUGUAUGAUGAGACUCUGCCUUCCUACAGCCAAACAACUGAGACAGGGGGAGUGACGUUACACGAAGAAGAAGCUGAGGAAGUGCCACCACCAGAGGUGGAAGCAGAGAGAAUAGAUGAAGGUCUAGAUGAGGAUGUGGAGGUAGAGGAGGCUGUGAAUGUGGAGGUGGUAACCCCUGCUGAGGCAGAGAUGGAGGCUACGGAUACGAUAGAAGACACCAGAGCACUAAGUCGACUGAGCAAAGCAAGCAGCAGGGCCAGGUCAGAUGAUCUCACUGUAUGAACCUGUGAGAAAAGAGCACCUGCAUGCCUUUACACAUUCAACAUCAGAGAGAGCAUAUGCGACUAACUCAAAGCAGUGCACACUCUUACACAGGCAGUUCAAAAAGUGGAUGAAAAAGAAAAUCGACAGGGAUAAAGAAAAAGCUUAAGAUGCAAUUCUGCAAAAAGCACCAAAAAGAAAAAAAGAAAAGAAACUAAAAAAUGAGUGUUUGAGGUAAAAUGGAAUAUAAAAGUAGGGGUUAAAGAGGAGACUUUUUUACUAAGCGUGUAAUUACGGGGAAAUGUUUUUACGUGAUGAAAAUCUUUUUUUCAGUUUUUUGACAUCUUUUCUAUUGAAAGAGUUACAGCUAUUUAUAAUGGAGGAAUAGGCACUUGUAUACAAGACUUGAGUAGAUAGGAGAAAGACUACUAGAAUGUCUGCAAGUCAUUGCUUUUGCUGUAGAUGAUCGAUAGACUUUCCUAUUCAGACAGUGACAAAGUGUAAAGACAGCAAGUGGCUGCAGACCUUUGUUCCUAAGGGGGCUACUGCUGGUAAAGUUUGCAGGUACACAGAUAUUCAAAGACAAAAAGGAUCUGUUUUAGGUUCAGAGGGGCAUACUUCUUUUGCACAUUCAGAGAUUUCAACUCUGCAAGGCCUUUAACCCUCAUAACACCUCAUCUACUCAUCCAUUUAUGCAAGAUUCUUUCAAGAAAAGAGGGAUUUGCAUCAGUUACAGAGCAUUUCUCUCCUUUUUGUGUUUAUGUACUAGGCGGUAAAGCUGGAGCAGUUAGUAAGAUUAAAAAUAAGAAAAAAAAAACCACAUGUUGAAUGUCUUUUUCAAUGUGAUUUGCAUCAUUUUAUUUUAGAUCUGCUUAUGUUAAAAAGAGAAAAAAAAAACUGUGUACUGUGAUAUAAGCUGUCCAUUGAAGAGAGCAGGGCUCAACCCAAUCAGAGAGAGGCUAUAGUAAUGACCUCAGGCCAAAUCCUCUCUUUGCGUGCUGUACAAAUAGGCGUUCGGGCGAUAAAGAUCAUGCAGCAUCAGCACAAACUAUUGUUGGGAGCGAGACAAUAAAAGAAACCAUGCUCAUCAAUGAAAACAGGCAUCCUUGAGCUGGGAAAUCUAUCUUUAAACUCGAUUUCAUUUAACCGUUGGUAUUUAUCAUAACACAAAAAGGACAAACUAUAAACCGCACAAGGUUUCAGAGCCUUUAUGUGUCACUUUACAUAAUGCCUUAUGCUUAGUUAAGUUAAAUCAAAUACAGCGAUAUUAAGUCAGCUGAUUUCAGACAUUUGAAUGGCUAGAAGAAAUGAAGUUUUAUGAGAUAAGACUGAUUUAUUCUCACAAAACUAAUAAAGCUAAGAAGGCCCUCGCAGGGAGAAUCUUCUUGAGUUAAGAAGCACAUUUAUGUUUGCUAAUAAUAAAGAAGGGUUUUAAAAGCAAAGUAAACACAAGUUUUGACCCAAGAUUUAACGCAAAUCUUUAAAUUGUCAGAUUUUUCUCAUGCUGUACAAUUAUGUGUGCCUAAUCUGUAAAUGUGCUUUCUCAACUGUGAGAUUGUCAAACGUGGAUAUAUUUUUCUGAGACCUUUGUGACCUUGAUGUUUUUCUUUCCAUUUUUUUAGACAAUAAUAGUUAUUUUUCUGUGUGUCACCUGUUUCAUUCCCUCAAACCCACCCACUCAUAAAAUACUGUAUCUGUAAAGGAGCUAUACUGACGAGGGCAUAAAUUCCCAUGUUUCAUUGCAUGAUCACACCUUUUUUUGCAUAUUUGUGUCUUAUUUGGUGAACUCAGUGUUGAUGCUAGCAGUGCUGGGAUUUGAACAAGUGCUUCUCACAUAGAGGAGGAAACUUUGUCCCCUUUGUGAUGCCCCCCCCCACACACACACACAUACAUUUUCUGCACACCUUUACGAUCCAGUGUCAAACAAGUUAAAAGUGCACAAUGAUGUUAUGCUCAAAGGAUGACACUGGGUCUUUUUUAGAUUUAUAUAACUGGUGAUGAUUUUUUGUACUGUUGCAUUACCUGUAUGUUUGUAAGAAGACACAACGAUUAAUAUUUGGGAUAAAAAGCAACUCCUUUUUACUAACUUGUAGUCUUCUCUGCUGAUAGAUUUGUUUGAAAUGUGAAUAAAUACAAUAAAAAGUCACACAUGGUCAUAAA